AUGAAUACUACUUUCAACGCAUCAUUUUUUAAGGACGUUUUCGGCUACGGUAACUUCAGCGAUGAAUGGACGUCGGACGCACAGGAGUCGGUUCACUUUGUGCUUCGCUGUGUAAUACCGUCCGUUUACAUCCUUAUCAUUUGUGUGGGCUUGCUGGGCAACAUCACACUUGUCAAGAUCUUUAUUACGACGAGUUCCAUGCGCAGCGUGCCAAACAUCUUCAUUUCCAGCUUGGCAAUCGGAGAUCUGUUGCUCUUGGUGACCUGCGUGCCUGUGGACGCGUUACGCUAUUUCUACGAGGAGUGGGUUUUUGGCGGCGUGGCUUGUAAAUUGAUUGGAGUGAUCCAGCUUACAUCAGUUGGAGUGUCCGUGUUUACCCUUACAGCACUCAGCGCGGACAGACACAAAGCCAUUGUGAACCCCAUGGACAUCCAGACAUCCAGUGCUACAUUCUGGACCUGCUUAAAGGCCAUUUCUAUCUGGGUGGUCUCAGUGCUCCUAGCUGUUCCUGAAGCGGUCUUCUCACAAGUGGUACAUAUGUCAGAUGGGAAUUCCACCUUUGCUGCAUGUGUGCCCUACCCACUGUCAAAUGAGAUGCAUCCCAAGGUUCAUUCUGUGAUGAUCUUCUUAAUCUAUUUUGUAAUUCCCCUUGGCAUCAUUUCAAUCUACUAUUACCACAUUGCCAGGACACUGAUCACCAGUGCUUACAACAUGCCUGGUGAAAUGAGUGAGCACACCAAACGGCAGAUGGAGACAAGGAAGCGUCUGGCCAAGAUUGUACUGGUGUUCGUGGGCUUGUUCGCACUCUGCUGGUUCCCCAACCAUCUUCUGUACAUGUAUCGCUCCUUUAACUACGAGCAGAUUGAUUCCUCACUACUGCAUCUGAUUAUUACCCUACUGGCACGUGUGCUCAGCUUCUCCAGCUCUUGUACCAACCCUUUUGCACUUUACCUGCUCAGCGACAGUUUCCGUCGGCAUUUCAAUAGCCAACUAACAUGCAGAAGGAGGCAGUACCAGGAACGCAGCUCUAGUUACCGCCAGAGCACCUCAGCCAUCCCCAUGACCUCCAUUAAGAAAAGCUAUCCUGUUGUGAGCAAUGGUGAAGUGCAUAAUGCUGGAAAAUGCAUCUAG